AUGGUGUGCCUUGCGACUGAUCAUGCCAACCACUUGCAGGAAGAGGAGGAGGAGGAGGAAGAGGAAGAAGAGGAUGAAGAGGAAGACAACAAUGUGAAGAGUUUAGCCACUGCCCGCGGGGAAGGUGGCCUGACGCCAGAGUCUGCAGAAGCAGCACGAGCACAGAAUUGGCACUGGCCGAUGACCUACGAGCCUGGCGAUGCCAAAGCCUGGUCCCACGGGACCAACGGCGAUACCAACGGCGACAGUCAGGCCAGGGUAUAG